GGUAGAAGGGACCAAUCCGCGGCGAAGUGCAGAGUAAACGGACACUAAGCGUCGGGUCCCUGGUGAACUGCAGAUGUGGAGCUGCUGCUGCUUCUUCUCGUGCUCCAUACAGCAACAAAGAAGCCGUCGCUAUACGGCGGAUACAGAUGUUCCACCGCCGGAGUAACCAGGUCAGCGGCGGAGAAGAGAAGCCAUUUCCCGGCGCCGUAAACCCUCAGAAAAACAAGUGUCGUUGAGUACCCAGAGGAGUUUGUGUUCGGUGCCUCCAUAGUGUAGCGGUUAGCUCCCCUGUCUCGGAAGUGUAGAGCAGAUAUUCCUGGGUUUGAUUUCCAGAGGAACCAUAUACUUGGCGGCAACGUAACCCUGCAAUGCCAUUGGUCGAGGACGUCGUAAAUCAACACCUGCUGUGUAUCCGCUCCAAUACUAAGGUGGAACGUUUGCCAGGGCGCAGCCUUGUUCUCAUUUACAUAUAAAUGAUGAAAGAGUCUGCGGUGUCAUGUUCGCGCUCAUCUCUCUUCCUGUGGUGAUUCAGUGUCCUUGUUUUUUUUCCCCUGCUCCCAUGUGUCUUUCUCGGAUUGGCAUCCACUUUGUCUUCCUGAUGAUGACCGUGGCAUGAGACCAGAUCACAAUAUUUGUUCACCACCCCCUUCACCGUCUCCAUCCCCUACUCUUCACUCUGGAAUCCACUCACAGCUCCACCGCAUUGAUGAGGUAGCAUCUAGCUAUACGCAGCACCGCAUCCCUCUUCUGUCCACCCUUUAACGCCAAUCAUGGGUCAGAAGAUUUCUGGAGGCAUAAAAUCAGUAGACAGUCGCGGGGAAAGCGGUGGCUCCCCGUCCUACCGGCCCUUGGUUCAUCGCCGGCAGCACCCAGCACUGAGGGGCCCAGACUUCUCCAAACCUCCUAGGUUGGACCUCCUACUGGAUAUGCCGUGUGCUGGACCGGAGACUCAGCUUUGUCAUGCAUGGAACCCUGAUGACCGCUCACUUAACAUUUUCAUCAAAGAAGAAGAUAAGUUGACGUUUCACCGCCACCCGGUCGCUCAGAGCACGGACUGCAUUCGGGGUCGGGUUGGCUACACUAGAGGACUUCAUGUGUGGAGGAUCCACUGGCCCUCUCGGCAGCGAGGUACACACGCGAUUGUCGGGGUGGCAACGUCAGAGGCUCCUUUACAUUCUGUUGGCUACACGGCUCUCGUGGGGUCAGACUCUGAGUCCUGGGGCUGGGAUCUAGGACGUAACCGACUCUACCACGACAGUAAAAACCGGGCCCACAGCUCGCUGCCAUCUUACCCAUGUUUCCUGGAAUAGGAAGAGUCAUUCACGCCACCGGACGCAAUANNAGUCAUUUUGGAUAUGGACGAAGGAACCCUGAGUUUCAUGGUAGAUGGACAGUACCUGGGAGUGGCGUUUAGGGGACUCAAGGGCAAGAAAUUGUAUCCCAUUGUCAGCGCCGUGUGGGGACAUUGUGAGAUAUCCAUGAAGUACAUCAACGGCUUAGAUCCUGAGCCUCUCCCCCUGAUGGACCUCUGUCGGCGUGCCGCUCGUCUGGCCUUGGGGCGGGAGAGGUUACAGGAGAUCGAGAGCCUCCCUCUUCCUCAGUCCCUCAAAAAUUACCUCCAGUACCAGUGACUGACAAGGAGAGCAGAGAAAACUGACGGAAUGUCGACGCAAACCAGACCACCAGAAAGUUUCAGGGAUGAGAAGUCUUUAAACAUGAGUGAUGGCUGGACAACUGUCCACCGUCAGAGUCCACAGCUUGAUUAGAAAUGAUUUAAUAUGAAAGAAGGAAGGUGAACCUGAUGGUGGAGGUCCAUGCUUUCACACCAGGGGCAGGGCAGUCCCAGCUUCUUCAGAAUUUUGAGCUGCUCCUAUUUUUUUUAAUUAUUAUUAUUAUAUUGGACUUGAAAUAAUUUAUUAAUGAUGGUGUCCCAUCAGUGCGUCACUCAGUGAGGAGAGAAAAGCCCGUCCACUGGACUGCACAGUGCAGUAAAGCAAAGAGAGAGGCGAUGGUGGUAAGACAAACACCACCAUCUAGCGGAGAUAAUGAAUGCUGCAAUGAGAAGGCACAGUAACAGUAAACACGGAGGCCUUUCUGACGUCAAGUCAGUGACAGUAUCACUAACUGGACACAUGUGUGUGUCCGCUUUCUCCACUGACACAGGUUACAGGCUGCAGCUUCCGAAUCGUCCAAUAGGAUUUUAGCACUACUACUACUAGUCAUUUUGAUGUAACAACUCGGGCCGACUACACACUCCCACAGCACACACAGUGGACAAACAUGGACUCAGGUGGAAUACAGAGUUUAUAUAAAGAAGAAAAAAAGCCUGACCUCCUAACUGAUGCACAUCAUUUGGGGACAAGUCCUUUUUAGAGAGAGGCAUGUCUGAUACAGAGGGAUAGAACAGUAGAUUUGAAAAGCAAUAAGUUAUUGAUGGACUAGUCAUUAUUUGGUCUGCAAGAGUCUUAAUAGUUAUCAGUUUGAUUACAUUAUAUAGUGAUAAUCAUUUUUUGGCUGUUUUAACAUCAUUUGUGUUACAACACUGCAACGUGUGGAUAUAUUUUCACCUGUAUUCACACCCAGAAGCAUCCUGACUUUACAGAGGAAAGAGAAAACACAGUCAGGGGACAGCUGUGCUGCAUGUGGUCAGAUGAUAACAAAUGUGUAGCGGCCUAGAAAUAGCAACUGUAGUACUGUGAAAAGGUUUAAUAUACUGUACGCAUGAUGAACCAAUCAUCUAAAAAGGACUGGUCCACUGAAUCUUUUACUACUUACUAAUUCAAAAAGAUUUGCACAAAAACAUUAAAGAGAGAAACAUUCCUCAGCAAACACCCCUUGGCCUACUAGGAUGUCAGUCACCACCAGAGUAUUCCACACUGCGACAUGACCUUUUCACCUGUGUGCGUUGAGGCUUCAGGUCACGUCAGGCCUCGGUGUUGCCGUAGUGCUAACAUUCUGUGGACAGUCCUAGAGAUUCAUGAUGGUAGCACCUGCUGUAGCUCCCUGUCCACCAGACAGUAUCUGUCUGCUCGCUGCACAACUGUCUUAAUGACCACAGAAGAAGAAAACAAGCAGAUCUACGUUAAGGCCUGAGCAGGCUGGGAAUGAAAUGUGGUCGACCAGUGCACAACUACACACACACACCCAAGCACACAAAUACAGACACACACACACACUUUUUCGUUCCUAAAAAGGCUUGAGUCACUUUUGUUUUUUUACUUUGGAGUUUGUAUCCUUCAUUAUUCCUAUGAAUUAUUAUUAAUAUUAUUAUGAGUGUGGAGUCUGGUUGUGAUGAUGACGAUGAUGACUGUGAUAUUGUAACUUAUCACAAGAUGAUGUUUAUGUUUUUAACUGAUGGACGGUUUUACAUUCAGGUAAAUUUAUUACAAAGAUGCUACAAGUGAAGGGAGAGAGACAGAGGGAGAGGGAGAGAGAGGGGAGAAAUCCCAAACAAUUGAUUCAAUGCUGCUUUUACUGUUGUUGUUACCAUUAUUUUAAUUAUUAUUUUUGUGACGGCGAUGGUCUCACCUCUGCUUCCUUCAGUUAGCUGAGAGGACGAGGACCAGUUCAGAGGAAACGUCGAAUGUAUGGACAUUGUAUUUGAGAUGUCGACAGAUAAGAAAUGUGAAUAAAAAGCCAAGUGAUUAAGAAAAA